CGGGCAAACCCGCACAGGAAGAUUGGAAUCACGAGGAGGACUCAUGAGAGACCAUACAGUGCUGAAAAUGAGGUACUGUACAGAAGGCAGCUUCUGGAUUGCAAGGAGAGACCAGAAGUGCCUCAGUUGUGCUGGCUUUCUGUAAGAAUUGUAGGCAUGAGAAAUCUCCGCAAAGCAGAUCUGUGGAGCCAAACUGAUUGUUAUGUCAAGCUGUGGCUGCCAACAGCUUCAUGUCAGGAAGCCCGGACAAGAACUGUACACAACUGCAGAAAUCCCAUCUGGAAUGAAACUUUCCACUUCAUCCUACAGAGUGAAGUAAAGAACAUCCUGGAGCUGACAGUCUGUGAUGAGGAUACUUUUACACCAGAUGACUGUCUUAUGACUGUUCGCUUUGAUGUGGCUAAAAUCCAGCCUGGAGAAAAAGCUCGCCUGAAUUUUGAGUUGAAUCCAGAGAAUCAGGAAGAACUAGAAGUGGAAUUCCUACUGGAAAAUAUACCAGGAGUAUCUGAGAAGAUAAUUACUAAUGGUGUACUAGUGUCUCGUGAAGUUUCUUGUUUGGAAGUACAUGUGAAUGAAACAAAAAUGAAGAGUUCUUACAAAAGGAGAGAUUUCACAUUCACAAUGAAAGGAUCCUAUGAAGAAACUCAAGAAAUUUCCAUAGGGCCUCAAUCCAGGCCAGGAAGCAGUGAAACCACCAGGUUCCACUACAUCAAACACAGUCAACCCAGACUGCUCAUGACUCUACCAAAGGAGCGUUUUUUCUGUUGUCCUGGCUCAGGUAGGAAGGAAAUGGAUGUAAGUAGUCCCCUGGCUGUGCCUCUCCAUUCUCUGGACUUGGGAAAGAAAGUGACAGUGAUGAGAGGGGAAUCUUAUGAGGUCUCUGUGAAUGAGGAAAAUAGUUGUGAGAAUUUAGAUUUGCGGUUGGGGUUUGAUCUGUGCGCGGAGGAGCAGGAUUUCAUCUGUAAAAGGAAGAAGGUGGUUGCUGCUGCUCUGAAAAAUGUUCUUCAUCUAGAUGAAGACCUGCAGGAGGAUGAGGUGCCAGUGGUGGCAGUCGUGACUGCAGCAGGGGGAGUGCGGUCCAUGACAGCUAUGUUUGGCAGUCUUCUGGCUCUCCAGCAGCUGGGUGUUCUGGACUGUGUGUCAUACAUCAGUGGUUUAUCUGCCACGACAUGGACCAUGUCAAAGUUAUAUGAAGAUGCAAAUUGGUCACAAAAGGAUCUCAGUGGGCCAGUAGAUGGUAUCAGGAAACACGUGAUCAAGAGCAAGCUGCACUGUUUCUCUUUGGAUCAUAUGAAAUACUAUGAAAAUAAGCUUUGUGAGAGAAAGCAAGAGGGGCACAAGGUGUCCUUUACAGAUUUAUGGGGACUCUUCAUUGAUUGUAUGCUACAUCAUCAGGAAAGUACUCACAAACUCUCAGAUCAGCAGCUAGCAGUAAAUCGGGGGCAGAAUCCACUCCCCAUAUACCUGUCCCUCAAUGUCAAGGAUGACUUCAGCACUUUGGAUUUUAAAGAGUGGGUGGAAUUCACACCUUACGAGGUGGGUCUCCUGAAAUAUGGGGCCUUUGUUCGUUCAGAGGAUUUUGGCAGUGAGUUCUUCAUGGGUCGCCGGAUGAAGAAGAUCCCGGAAUCCCACAUCUGCUUCUUGGAAGGCACAUGGAGCAAUAUAUUUUCCCAGAGUUUUAUGGAUGCUGUCUACCUCUCAGGUCAUUCAGAACACUUCUGGCACAGAUGGACUCGAGACACUGAGCAUGACAUUGAGAACCAUCCUGCUCUGCCCAAGAAGCCUCAUGAACAGACAACCUGCUUAUCCAUUCCCAAAGGCUGCCUUUCCAAAACUCUUCGAGAAAUGAUGACCGGGCGGCCAGUGGUUUCAACUUACCAUAAUUUCCUCAAGGGCUUGCAGCUAAAUAACAAAUAUUUGGAGAAUGAGAGCUUUUGUAUGUGGAAAGACACAGUGCUGGAUUCUUCUCCCAACCAGCUGAAUGACAUGAGUGACUACCUCAAGCUGAUAGAUACAGCUUUCUUCAUCAACACCAGCUGCCCACCCAUUCUGAGGCCAGAGAGAAAAGUGGAUGUCAUUCUCCAUUUAAAUUACAGUGGAGGAUCACAGACUCUGCCACUGGACCUGUUCUCAGAGUACUGUUUGGAGCACGGGAUCCCAUUCCCCAGCACAGAGCUGAGCCAGGAAGACCGGGAACACCUGAAGGAGUGCUAUGUGUUUGAGGACAGCUUAGAGGCACCCAUCUUGGCCUAUUUUCCACUGGUGUGUGAUACCUUCCAAAAAUACAAGGCACCGAAUGUGGAGCGCAGUCCCGCGGAGAUGGAGCAGGGAGCAGUGGAUGUGUCCAACUGUGCUGCUCCCUAUGGCACCGGCCUGCUUACCUACAGCGAAGAGAAUUUCAACAAGCUGCUUAACCUGUGCAGCUACAACAUCCUGAAUAAUAAACACUUAAUUCUCCAGGCUUUGCGAACUGCCGUGGAACGAAAGAAGCGGCUUAAAAACUAUUCAUCGCCUAAUUCAAGUAAACACUCUUAA